AUGGAUAAUUCUAAACUCCAAGUAGACGACGUCACCGUUCUCAAAUCCACAGGUGAAGAAGUCGAAAAUGUGCCUACCAAACAACUCACCCUCCUGGACACCUACCGCUCCUACACCCCCGAAUUCUCCAAAGAAACAGAAGCUCAACUCGUGCGCAAGAUUGAUCUUCGGCUUCUUCCCCUGAUCGUCACUAUUUACCUCUUCAACUACCUUGAUCGCAACUCCAUCACCCAAGCUCGUCUCUAUGGCCUCCAGGAAGAUACGCAUGUUAAGGGCGCGACGUACCAGACGGCCAUUUCUAUCUUUUCUGCGGGAUACAUCAUGAUGCAGCUUCCAUCUACAAUGAUUAUGACAAAGAUGCAGCCUCAUAUCUUCUUGCCUGGUUGUAUUAUUCUUUGGGCUUGUGUCAGUGCAUGUACAGCUGCAACGUCCAGUCCAGCGGGCCUUCUCGUCGUUCGUUUCAUCCUCGGUGUUGUCGAAGCGCCAUUUUUCCCUGGAGCUAUAUACUACCUGAGUACGUGGUACACCAAAAAGGAACUCGGUAUUCGAAUGGCGUUGCUAGUCUGUGGCAUCCUCUUAUCCAAUUGCUUCGCCGGUUUGAUCUCAGCAGGUAUUCUCUCAGGCAUGGCUGGCAAGGGACAUCUCGCUGCAUGGAGAUGGCUCUUCAUCCUUGAAGGCCUUGCUACUAUCGUCAUUGGUGUUGUCGCAUUCUUUCUUCUGCCUGACUACCCUGGUACUACGAGCUGGUUGACUGAGGAAGAAAGAGUUGUCGCGCAGGGUCGAUUGGCUGUUGAUGCUGGAAGUGAAGAGAUCCUAGGUGAAGAGGAGAUCACUAUGAAACAAGCCAUACUCUCAGCCGUUCGUGACUACAGAGUAUGGUUGUUUGCCUGUCUUCAAAUGUCUACAACCGCAUCUAUUUCCUUCUCGCAUUUCUUCCCUACUCUGAUCAAACAACUCGGCUUCAAAAAUAACACCAUAGUGCUUCUUCUCACCGCACCGCCGUAUCUCUUCUCCUUCAUCUGGGCCCUUAGCUUCGCAUGGGAUGCCGAUUGA